AUGAACAGAACAGCCAAGUACAGCGGUUCCUGUACCGUCCGAGGACCCACAGUAGCAAUCAAUGCCCGGGCUUUGUGUAGCGCCGGAGAUGCCCUGGGAGCUUGGCCGCCGGAGCGUCUUGGACUCCGAAGUAAUCUUGCUAUUAAAUCGACAUCUGUUGGCUUGGGAAUUCUCGACACUGCUACAGAUGCUGAAUCGGUGGCUGGACUUGUGCAAAUUUUUCUCCAAUCUUUUGCGACAGACAGUGGCUCUCUCGCAGCAAGCAGCGGCUCUCUCGCGGCAGACAAUGGCUCUCUCGCAGCAAGCAGCGGCUCUCUCGCGGCAGACAAUGGCUCUCUCGCAGCAAGCAGCGGCUCUCUCGCGGCAGACAGAGGCGCUCUCGCAGCAAGCAGCGGCUCUCUCGCGGUAGACAGUGGCUCUCUCGCAGCAAGCAGUGGCUCUCUCGCGGCAGACACUGGCUCUCUCGCGGCAGGCCGUGGCUCUCUCGUGGCAGACAGUGGCUCUCUCGCGACAGGCAGUGGCUCUCUCGCGGCAGACAGUAGCUCUCUCGCAGCAAGCAGUGGCUCUCUCGUGGCAGACAGUGGCGCUCUCGCGGCAGACUGUGGCUCUCUCGCGGCAGACAGUGGCUCUCUCACGGCAGACAGUGGCUCUCUCGUGGCAGACAGUGGGUCUCUCGUGGCAGGCAGUGGCGCUCUCGCGGCAGACAGUGGCUCUCUCGCGGCAGACAGUGGCUCUCUCGUGGCAGGCAGUGGCUCUCUCGUGGCAGGCAGUGGCUCUCUCGUGGCAGGCAGUGGCUCUCUCGUGGCAGGCAGUGGCUCUCUCGUGGCAGGCAGUGGCUCUCUCGCGGCAGACAGUGGCUCUCUCGUGGUAGGCAGUGGCUCUCUCGUGGCAGGCAGUGGCUCUCUCGUGGCAGGCAGUGGCUCUCUCGUGGCAGGCAGUGGCUCUCUCGUGGCAGGCAGUGGCUCUCUCGUGGCAGGCAGUGGCUCUCUCGCGGCAGACAGUGGCUCUCUCGCGGCAGGCAGUGGCUCUCUCGCGGCAGACAGUGGCUCUCUCGUGACAGGCAGUGGCUCUCUCGUGGCAGGCAGUGGUUCUCUCGUGGCAGGCAGUGGCUCUCUCGCGACAGACAGUGGCUCUCUCGUGGCAGGCAGUGGCUCUUUCGCGGCAGACAGUGGCUCUCUCGCGGCAGACAGUGGCUCUCUCGCGGCAGGCAGUGGCUCUCUCGCGACAGACAGUGGCUCUCUCGUGGCAGGCAGUGGCUCUCUCCUGCCUGUUAUAUUUGGCUUAUAA